AUGUCUUCAUCGAGUUCACCUUGUGCUGCUUGUAAGUUUUUACGGCGUAAAUGUACACAAGAAUGUGUGUUUGCGCCUUACUUUCCACCAGACCAUCCUCAAAAGUUCGCGAAUGUGCACAAAGUGUUUGGAGCUAGCAAUGUGACUAAAAUUCUCAAUGAACUUCCAGCUGCCCAAAGAGAAGACGCUGUUAAUUCUUUAGCGUAUGAGGCUGAGGCACGGUUGAAGGACCCAGUUUAUGGCUGUGUUGGUUAUAUCUCGAUUUUACAGCAGAGGUUGAAGCAAAUCCAGACGGAUUUGCAUUCUGCAAAACAAGAAUUGGCUACUUAUGUGGGACCGUCUGCUAUGCUGCCUACUUUGAGUCCAGGGUUUAUGUCACAAUAUCAGAAUAUGAAUAUACAGCAGGGGCUAGUAGGACCAAUUGGCCCGGUUGGACCUGGGACGCCUUCUAAUGUGCAGCCCAUAUUGACCCUUCAAGGACCCGGAACUUCCCAAAAUGCUCAGCAUCAUCAGAGGCUAUAUGAGGUUCAGCAACAGCAACUGGCCGUUGAAGCUGCUAGAGAACAAGAGUUUUUAAGGAACCUUGAGCAACAACAACAACAACAACAACUGCAACAUCAGCAACAACUGCAUCAACAGCAACUAGAGCAACAACAACAACUUGAGCAGCAACAGUCAAUUGAUUUAAUGAGGUUUAAUAGAGGUUUUGAUGGUGCUGGACCAUCUGGGCAAGUGACUGCUAGUGGGUUCACUCAUUUGACUGGCCCAGGACCCAUGUCUCCCUCUUUAGCAUUGGGUGGUUCAUAUGAUGACAGUAACAAUAUGUAUCAAAUCCAACAGCAGCAACCGCAUGAAGAACAGCUGUUACAACACCAACUCUUGCUACAACAACAAGCUCAGCCAAUGCUACAGCCACAACAACCGCAGCAGCCACAGCAACAUAAUGGAGAUAUUAGUCAGGAGGACAGGAGCAUUGGUCCGUCGAGCUGAUGACAAAAAUUGGAUAUGCUUGGAGCAAAUAUUCUUUCAUAGAUUCGAAGUACCAACAAUUAGGCAUUUUCAUUUCUUGAUAUAUUCAUAAAUGCAUUAACUUUUUAAACAGUUGCACACACGAUUCAAUUUGAGCUAUUCAUAUUUUAGCUUUUUUGGAAUA